AUGGCGAGGCUCGGCUCCGUCGACUUCUACAGCCUGCUCGGGCUGGAGCGCGACGCGUCGGGCGAAGACAUCUCGCGCGCUUUCAAGCGGCUUGCGAAGCUGCACCACCCUGACCGCAACCCCGACGACGCGGCGGCCGCAGCCGCUCGAUUUGCCGCGAUCCAGGAGGCCCACGAGUGCUUGAGCGUGGCCGAGAGGCGGCUCUGCUUCGACGAGGCUCGCGCGCUUUGGCUCGACAGCCAGCUGGGAUGGGAGGAGGUGCUCCUGCGAGACCGCCAGAAGCGCGUGGCGGCCGAGAGCGAGGCGGAGGCGGAGGCGGAACAGAACCGCGAAGCGCGGCGAGCGGCGCAGCAUGAGGCAGCGGAGGCGGAAGUGCUGGCCAAGGCCAAGGCCAAGGCCAAGAGGGUGGAAGCGGAGCGGGUGGCGGCCGCGGAGCAGGCGGCUGCAGAGGGCGACUCGCUCAAGGCCAAGCGGCAGCGCAGGCGCGAGGCCAAGGCCAAGGCCGCAGCAGCUGCAGCAGCUGGCCCGGGGCCCUCUCCCGCCGUGAACACGCCCUGUGCCGAGGAGGCCAGUCAAAUUAGCGCUCCGUCGAAUGGGAAUGGGGAUACAGAGAGCGGAGAGAGCGCAGCUUCUGUUCCGCAGGAGAGAGACUGA